CCGACUUUGUUCCAUUCAACAGUUUCACUUGAUCUUUGCCUCUGCAGCUGCAUCACAAUACAGUUUUAGCAAUGGGAGGUAGCUCUUCUUCUCCUACACCACCUCCAGCUCCACCACGUCUUCCUACACCUCCACCUUCUCCUACUUUGAAAACUCCGUGGAGACAAGUAUCUUGGGGGAACCAGGCAGAUCUGCAGUAUGUGAAGAAUUUUCAGCUUCAAAAUGAACGAGUGAGACAUGUCAGAGUUUUGCUCUAUGGCCCAGUCGGUGCCGGGAAGUCCAGCUUCAUCAAUUCUGUCAGCAAUGCCUUACGGAGAAGAAUAACCUGUCCAGCUAUGACCAACGCAACAAAUGAGGAGGAAGGAAGUUUCACCAAAAAAUAUGAAACCCACAACAUUAAGAAAGACACAGGGCAGUUUUACCCAUUUGUCUUCAAUGACCUGAUGGGUUUGGAAGAAGGGAGUGGACAAGGAGUGAGAGUGGAAGACAUCAAACUGGCCAUGAUGGGACAUGUGAAGGAGGGUUAUAAGUUAAACCCUGCUUCUCCAUUGUCCACUUCUGAUUCUGGCUACAACCCUUCACCUUCUCCAGAGGACAGAGUUCAUGUUCUGGUUUGUGUCCACACUGGUAACGCAACAGAAAUUAACAGCUCAGUGUUACAGAAGAUGAAAAUCAUCAGAGAGGCAGCCAGCGACUUGGGUAUUCCCCAGUUAGCUGUUCUUACCAAAUUUGAUGAGGCCUGUCCUGAAACUGACAAGGACCUGAAGAAUGUGUACAAAAGCAAGCUUGUGAAGAGAAAGAUGGGAGAUCUGAGCUCAAAACUGGGGAUCCCGCUUAACUUCAUCCUUCCUGUGAAGAACUACAGUGAAGAAACAGAACUGAAUGACGAUGUUGACACUUUGAUCCUGAGCGCAGUGAGAAUGAUGAUUGACCUGGGAGAAGACUUCAUUGACUCUAAAUUAUAAACUGACAUACACAGUGAUGUAAUACACUCGAUGAAUAAUACAUAAUCCCAGUAGAAUAAGAGUCACUUUUUCCACACCGGGUGACGUUAAUUACCAGUGUUGAGGCCAGUGGUAAAACAUAUGUUCUUAUAUGACCAUAGUCAAUGUAGUUGAAUUAUGUUAACAGCUGUAGGACAUAUAUUAUCCUUUAGGUUAGAUGGUGUGCUGUGUAUGUAGUUUAGUUCUCAUUGUACUCUUGAGUUAAAAGAACAUAUUCAUUUAUUAGUUUAUUAGAUAAAUGUGCAUCACUCUGUAUCCUUGAUCUGCUGUGAAUGUCUUACACUGUUUUCUUGACAUGCUUUAUUGUUGAAUCAUAAAAAGAAGGUUGUAAAGCAGGAGACUUGGUGUCUAGGGAGAAGAGAUAAACCACAUUCCGUACCCCCACCUUCCUUAAAACAGAAAGACAGGGAGCAAAGGUCAGGAGACAGUCUUGCUAAGAAUUAAAAAAACAUGUGAAGAGGUAGCUUUUAUGACUAGGUGGGGGUCGUCAGAAGCUAAAAAAGGCUGUGAGAUUCGCCACCAUUUUGAGACAUGCGGCCGAACCUCUGACCGGCAUCUCUCCCGUCCGGACGUUUAAUGCUCUGUAUUGUUGAAUUGUAUGGAAAUAAAUGAUUGUUGAU